AUGGCCUCUUUACCACCGCUAAGGCUCCCGCCGAGGCCCUUUCCACCGGCCCCUUCCAGAGCAGAGUCUAUUUUCCCCUCUCGUAUGGAAUUGGACAAGCAUGUUUUCCCACGCGCGGUCAUGACCCCCGAUCCUACGCCAGCACCACCGCGAUCGUCUUAUACGCCUCAAUUCUCAAAGUCCAACGCAUGGAUCCUGCAUCGUAUAAAGUCUGGACUGUCUUCGGCGCUCCAGAGUGACUCGAGAUGUCCUCUUGGCUCGGACAAAGGCCGUUCCCAGCACUAUUCUAGGUCGAGAAGCUCCACCGUCGUCAUGCCCAAGCCGCGCCAGGCAGGCACCUCGGAGGCUCCAAUAGACGUUUCGAAAUUUGCCAUGCGAUUCAUUCAUUCUCCUCCCUCGAACCUGAAACGGAAGCGUGAUUCAGACUCGCCAGAGCCCGACUUCACGCAGAAUACCAUUCCAUUCAAGGCGCCGCCAGUUCGGGCAACGCCGCCGCCGCAGUCACUCCCGGCGUCGCCGGCAUCCUCAUCCGGUGAUGGUUUUCAAGCAUGUGUCAAAUGUAGCUCCAGUCUGUCGACGCCGUCAAACGUUCUCAUCGUCUGUCACGGCUGCUCCAAUCAAUAUCAUCAAGAAUGCCUGUCGACCACGGCAGCGGCCGGCGAUGCCAACCCGCUUUGCCAAGAAUGCGAGGAUGAAGGCCCAAAUACGGUGGCAUAUCGGAGCACGCAAGGUCGUCGCUCCGUCGUCGAGCGGCUUCGAGAGAACCGUCUCGCCAGCCUCCCGCCCGACGUCGUUCCGGCGAAACCCGAGCUUGUCGGCUUCCUGGCGAGGCAGGCAACUGACGUGGAACGCACCCAGUACUUCUUGAGCAGGAAGAAGACGGACCUGCUCAACAUCUUGUCCCUCUGCGACCAGCUCAAACCCCAGCUGCUCGUCGACGUCCUCGUCUCUGUCACCAAGAAGCAUCCAGACCUUCCCAUCUUUGACGAUCCAGAGUGGAAAUCUCUCCUUCCCGGCGCGACGCCGACGACGGCACGACUGCAGAGUUCGACGAACGCCAAGGCCCGCGCACGUCACGGACACGCCGUGCUGGAUGCCAAGGCGGCGAGCCGCAAGGUCAAGGGAAGCCGCAAAGUGCUAAAACGCGUCACGGUUCUGCAGAAGUCGGCGGCCACGACGGCUCCUGACAACGAGAGCGAUGCCGGUGUCAGCCGCGUGGGCGAGGUAGAAGUCUCGCUGCCGCCGACGUGGCCCAAGCCGGGCGAGGGGCUGUACUCCAAGCUGCCGCCCGAGACUGACGAUCGGCGCUUCCUCGAGGAUGACGACGACGACGAGGCCUUCAGCCACUUCAUGGUGGACAAAUUUGGCAACCAGCUCGCCGUACAGGCUUGCGCGUGA